AUGGUCGGUCGGCAGGAGGAGUUGGCGCGGGAUGACAGAAAGCGGACGGAGGGCGAGAUUUCAGGAGGCAAGUGGAAUACCGCCUGCUCAUAUGAGAAUCGCUGUCGUUCGGAGGGGACCGCAGCGUUUAGUUGCGACGCCUCUUUCAACGCACAUCUGGGAACCGGUUGGAAACCUGCCCUGGCCCCUGGCAGCAGCGGGGAGAUCAGCCCCGUAGGGGCGCGUCCAGUGCCUGCGCAAGAGCCGGGGACCCACACCGUUGGUCGCAGAUUGAGGGCACUGGGGGCCCAAACCGGAAAUGCGCCAUCACCUACAGCGAGCAUGACCUUCCACUUCAUGUCAGAAACGACUAGUUCAGUUCUUAGUUUAAGCAUUUCGGCCAAUAUCAACGCACCAAAUAAUGGGAGUAAAGAGCUGCCAUGGCCCAAUUGCAAAAUUGGCAUCUACAAGGCAUCGUGGCUGUUGGUUCUGCCUGGGCCUUAG